AGGUGGAAUCCAACUUUCAUUAUGGAAAAAAAAGUGAGCAAGAAAGGAAAAGAAAAGAAAAGAAAACCAAAGAGAGGAACAAAACAGUUAUCGCAUAAAGAGUAAACGAGUGUUGAUUUGGCGCUGACGAUAACUUAAACUCAGAGUAGUAAUCGGUUGGAGUGGAAAAAAUGGAGUCGAGGAGAGUGACGAAGACGCUGGAAGACCAAUGGAUGGUGGAGCGUCAAGUCCGGGAGAUAUAUGAUUAUUUUUACAGCAUUCCCUCCAACUCACAGUCCGUCAUCAUAGAGCUGGAACGUGACAAGCACUUCGAUUAUCUUAGCCGAGGUCUCAGAAUACUUGGUCCGUCGUUCUCCGUUUUGGAUGCCAAUCGACCAUGGCUUUGCUACUGGACACUUCAUUCAAUCGCUUUGUUGGGAGAAUCUAUUGAUGCCAAACUGGAAAAUGAUGCAAUUGACUUUCUGACCCGUUGUCAGGAUAAAGAUGGUGGCUAUGGCGGCGGACCUGGUCAGAUGCCUCAUCUUGCAACUACGUAUGCUGCGGUCAAUUCACUCAUAACUUUGUCCGGCCCUAAAGCUCUGUCAUCAAUUAAUAGGUGCACAAGCUAUUCUAUGUUCUUAUUGGUGUCUUAUCUAUCGUUCACUUCUCUUGACAUUGAUCUAGUAAUAUGCCUCAGAGAAAAAUUAUAUACAUUUUUGCUGCGAAUGAAAGACGCAAGUGGUGGAUUCAGGAUGCAUGAUGGUGGAGAAGUAGAUGUUCGUGCCUGCUAUACUGCCAUUUCUGUUGCAAAUAUAUUAAACAUUGUGGAUGACGAGCUGAUUCAUGGUGUUGGAAAUUACAUCCAAAGUUGUCAGACUUAUGAAGGUGGAAUUGCUGGUGAACCAGGUGCUGAAGCUCAUGGUGGGUAUACUUUCUGUGGGUUGGCUGCAAUGAUUCUUAUCAACGAAGUGAAUCGAUUGGACUUGCCAAGAUUAAUUGAUUGGGUGGUAUUUAGACAAGGAGUCGAAGGUGGAUUUCAAGGCAGGACAAAUAAAUUAGUCGAUGGCUGCUAUUCCUUUUGGCAGGGCGCGGUAGUUUUUCUUGUACAAAGACUAAAUUUGGUAGUCCAUGAACAACUAGGGCUGUCAAAUGACCUCGAUACAGAAAGUGCUGAUGAUUCUUCAGAGUCAGAGUUAUCUGAUGAAAAAGAGAAUUUGAAAGGGUCAUCCUCCCAUGUUCAGGAGAAUUGCCCUCUUGGACAAGAAGGACAAGAAAAUGCUUCUGAUAGCCCAAAGAUAGCAGAUAUUGGAUAUGAGUUUAUCAACCGGCCCAUAGCUAUGCGGCCUCUCUUUGACAGCAUGUAUCUGCAGCAAUAUGUUCUUCUUUGCUCCCAGAUAGAUGGAGGUGGUUUCAGAGACAAACCUGGGAAAGGUAGAGACUACUACCAUACGUGUUACUGUUUAAGUGGUCUUUCAAUUGCUCAGUAUAGCUGGACCGACGAAGCUGAUUCUCCACCAUUACCCAGGGAUGUAUUUGGUCCUUAUUCCAGAUGUCUGUUGGAACAGAUUCACCCACUCUUCAACGUAGAGUUGGAUCGGUAUUAUGAAGCUCGCAAAUUCUUCUCAUGCUUGUGAGAAUGUUUCACCACUUUCAUUAGCACUAACUUUUCAGAAACAUAGGUGAAUCCAGAAUUUUGGGCCAUUGGGUCCAAAAGAGUUGGAAUCCUUUAUAUAUACAAUGUUUUUGCAUUUGUAUACGUACGAGUUGAGAGUAAAUGGGUACUUCUGAACCUGCUGAACUAGCUUUAAAUCCGUCUGUUUAGUUAGUUCUGUAGACAUCAAUGCGAAAUUGCAGAUACGCA